AUGGACGGGGAGUGGGCGCAAUACAACAUUGUUGUGCACAAUGAUCUUGACCCGUUCAUGACAAGUGAACAUAGCCACCUAUUGCAGCACGACCAUGGUGAUGAGACAUAUGGUCUACUUGGAGCAACUCCCAACGUGGGAAUGAUUGAUAAUACCAACGUUGUUGCUGGAAACCAAGGAAACAACAAUGUAAAAACCUACAGUGAGCAGAGGAUGGAGACAAGGCGUACCAACUAUCACCGUCUCCGCAGAGAACAGAUCCAACAACUUGAAGCGUACUAUAAUUACUCAAUCAUUGUUUCUUACCUAUCGAAGAUGAUUGUCUUCCGGGAAAUCCCUUAUCCUGAUGAGAAACUCCGGAAGAGCCUUAGUGAGAGGCUUGGCAUGAGUGCCCAACAGGUCAAGUUCUGGUUCCAAAACCAUCGCAGCAACAGUAAGGGCAAGACGCAAAGGCGGGAGACCACCACUCUUCAGUUAGAGAACCAGAUGCUAAAAUCUGACAGGCAAGCCAUCAUGUCGGCUAUGGAAAAUAGCACUUGCCUCAAAUGCAGAGGGGCGGUGGUUCAAACUCAGGACACCUCAGAGCGCCAACGCUUGUUCAAGGAGAAUAUGAAGCUCCAGGAGGAACUUAGGCUUGCCGCCACCCAUCUUAAAGAGGGUCUCCAACAAAAUGGAAUGUGGCCCCGAUUGACCCGCAACUAACCACACUGUCUUUGGUCGUUUCCAACGUUAUCCUGUCGCAUGAACGCUAGUUUUGCUUGAUUCCUACGCAUGCGAAUAAUGCAUCAUGUUGUGUGUAUGUGGACGACUUGGAUGCUAGUUUAU